GUUCUGUCGUACGAUGUUAAAAGAUCAUAAUUGGACAACUCAACAGUCUUUCCACCAACUUGUGCAGAAGAAACCGUUUUUUCCAUCUGCAGUAUGGCAUAAUACAGUAAGAGGCAUGUUUAUUCAAACUCAGGACACACCAAAUCCAAAUAGUUUGAAGUUUAUUCCAGGGAAGGAAGUGCUGGAAUCGAGGACUAUGGAGUUUUCCACACCAGCGGCAGCAUUUUGCUCACCUUUAGCAAGACAGUUAUUCAAAAUCGAAGGAGUUAAAAGUAUUUUCUUUGGACCAGACUUCAUCACAAUCACCAAGGAGAGUGAAGACCUGGAUUGGAACUUACUGAAACCAGAUAUUUAUGCAACUAUAAUGGAUUUCUUUGCCUCUGGCUUACCUGUAGUUACUGAAGAGGCACCUAGGACCGAUACAGCUGCAUCAGAAGAAGACGAUGAAGUUGUACUGAUGAUUAAAGAACUGCUGGAUACAAGAAUAAGGCCGACAGUGCAAGAAGAUGGUGGUGAUGUUAUUUAUAAAGGCUUUGAGGAUGGGAUUGUGCAGCUGAAGUUGCAGGGUUCGUGCACCAGCUGUCCCAGUUCCGUCAUCACCCUGAAGAACGGGAUACAGAACAUGCUCCAGUUCUACAUCCCUGAAGUAGAAGGCGUGGAACAGGUUGUUGACGACGAUGAUGACGUGGAGAAAGAAGUAAAUUCUACCUGAGCUAAGCAUCGUCUGUGGCCAAAUAAGUAUUUACCUCUUGGUGUACGUAAACUAUCUUUGUGCUGAGGAACAACCAAAUUUGCCUUUCUUUUCAGAAAAAUAGUUGCACUUAUAUCUGUGAAAAUGUAUCAUCAGUUUAAGCAGUUUGUCCACUAAUUUAUUAAAUGCCCUGCAUUCAAA